GCCGGUAGCUGAGCAGCGUGGCUCCGCCUCCCGCGUGCGAGGGUACGGGACGUGUGAGGUCACUUCCUGCGUGCCGGGUGGUUUCCUGCAGCGUUCCGAGACUCGAUCUCUUUUUGCUGCUUGCCUGCCGCCAUCAUGGGUCGCAUGCAUGCUCCCGGAAAGGGCCUGUCCCAGUCGGCUUUGCCCUAUCGUCGCAGCGUUCCCACUUGGCUGAAGUUAACGUCUGAUGACGUGAAGGAGCAGAUUUACAAACUGGCUAAGAAGGGCCUGACUCCCUCACAGAUCGGUGUGAUCCUGAGAGACUCGCAUGGUGUUGCUCAAGUACGUUUUGUGACAGGCAAUAAAAUCUUGAGAAUCCUUAAGUCUAAAGGACUUGCUCCUGAUCUUCCGGAGGAUCUCUAUCAUUUAAUUAAGAAAGCGGUCGCUGUUCGAAAGCAUCUUGAGAGGAAUAGAAAGGAUAAGGAUGCUAAAUUCCGUCUGAUUCUGAUAGAGAGCCGAAUUCAUCGAUUGGCUCGGUAUUAUAAGACCAAGCGAGUUCUUCCUCCCAAUUGGAAAUAUGAGUCAUCCACAGCCUCUGCCCUGGUUGCAUAAAUUUGUCUAUGAAUUCAAACAAUAAAAUCAUUCUUUAACUAAAA